AUGCUCGGUUCCAUGAAGGUCGUCGGUGCUGUCGGCGCUGCGUCGGUGGCGCUCGCGGCUUUGUACUGGCGGCGCCGCGUCAUGCCCAUAGGCCCGUGUGCCGCAGACGGCCGACCGCUACCUUCUGGCGACCAGCAAGUCAUGCUGAGCGGCAAUGGUCUCACACGCUAUCACCUCAACAUCCGGUGGCUCAAGGAGGGUGAAUGCAUCGUCGUCCUGAUACACGGCAUGACGAGUCCCGGCGUGGACGUGUGGAGGCCGCUCAUUGCGUGCCUCGAGGCGCGCCGCCGCUGCGUCCUCGCCUACGACGUGGCUGGACGCGGAUGGUCGCACUGCGCUGGCGGGCCGAUGACUAUCGGCUACCACGUGCGCCAGCUCGAGGAGUUGCUCGAUACGCUCUCCAUCGGUGACCGGCCGUUGGAGCUGGUCGGGCUCAGCUUUGGGGCGGUGAUCGCCUCCAACUUUGCCGUCCGCCACCGCGACCGUGUGCGCCGGCUGGUGAUGAUCGCUCCCGCCGGCCUCUUCCCGCCGAGGGACUACCUUGGCCUUUUGGCUGGCAGUGGCUUGCUCGGGCUGCUCGCUCGCGUGCGGUGGGCGGCGCGGUGCCGCGCGUCGCUAAAGAGGGACUACGCGCGCGAGCUGCGAGCGAUGACGGACGGCGGCGCUGUGCUUCGCGCGUACAUCGCUAACGCCGACUGCAACCGCGCGAUCGUGCGCUCCUACCUCUCGACCCUCCUCUGCUGCGCCGAGGUCUUCGACAACCGCCGCGCCCUCCGCGCGCUCGGCAGCUCCUCCUGCCAGACGCUCCUCCUCUUUGCCGAGAGGGACAGUGCGACCGGCCCGCCGCCAGACGACGCAGAGCUCCGCGAGCUGCUGCCGACCGCCUGCUGGCACAGACUCGACGCGCCUGGGCUGGACCACGCGAUGCACCUCACGCACCGCCACCUCGUCGAGCCGCUGAUAGCCGACUUUGUCGGGAGCGACGGGGAGAGGCAGGGGCGGGCGACACAGGCCGCCACGACACAGGGACGCUCUACUCUAAUGGAUCCAUAA